AUGUCCGACCAAAAUGACAUUUCUAUGGUCGACGUUUCCAACGCGCUCGAUAGCAUAGAGCUGGAAACGGCGCCGCCAAGAAGAAAGUCAACCCUCAUUUUAACUGACGAAGUGGACUCUCUUACAGGAUCUAACAGUCAAGUCUCUGAAAGUCUGCAACACCAGGCACAGCCAAGUGUUCAAACAGCAUCAAACGCCCAGAAUGCUCCUGCUGCUCAGAAUACCCACAACUCUCAAAGUGCACAAGACGCUAAAAAUACCCAAAAUACCCAAAAUGAACAGAAUAUGCCAAAUCCACCUCCAGAGGCUGCCAUUCCAGUUCCGGUCGACAUCAAGUGGGUCCAGGGUGGACAAAAGGUUUAUGUCACUGGAUCCUUCACUGGCUGGCGGAAGAUGAUUGGGUUGCAGCAGCAGCCGGAUGACAAGUCAUUUAUGGUAACCUUAGGUUUGCCUGUCGGUACGCAUAGAUUCCGCUUUGUGGUGGAUAACGAGUUGCGGUUUUCUGAUUUCUUGCCUACUGCAACUGAUCAAAUGGGUAACUUUGUGAACUACAUUGAAGUAACCCCCGAACACGUGCAAAUGCAUUUGAAGCACCAGAAAGAAUUAGAAGAUGAGCAGCACCAGCUUGAGGAGCAAGAGAAACAGCGAUCACAAGCACAGUCGCGUACUCGUCUGCCUUCCAUAAAUAGGGGCCGCCUGGAUUCAAUUUUUGGUUUCAUUAAUGACGAUGACGAUAUGGGUAAUGGAUAUCUGAGAUAUCAUGAUGGUGACGUGGAUACAGUGCCAUCGCGGUCGUUAAAUUACAUCUCGGACAUUCCUCCUAUUUUCGUCGACCCAAAAGUUAUGGAACAAUAUUAUCUUGCUAUUGACGAACAGGCAAAGCAGAAAAAUGCCCCCCAGCAGGCAUGGUUACAUCCACCUCAAUUGCCACCGCAUUUAGAGAACGUGAUCUUGAAUAACUACAACACCCAAGACAAGGACAACAAUUCGGGCGCAUUACCAAUCCCAAAUCAUGUUGUGCUCAAUCAUUUGGCAACAACAAGCAUCAAACACAACACUUUGGCUGUCGCUUCCAUUGUACGCUACAAACGGAAAUACGUAACUCAAGUGUUGUAUGCGCCGUUGCAACUGUGA